GGCAUAUCGAUAGCGCAACCCAUCUCCGCUGUCAGCACUGUAAUCGAACGCUUAUCGGACGCACAGCAGGACGGGAUCAGGAUACGGAUACAAAGACGUGUUUCAGCGAGGAUAACACGCAACGAUGAGCCUGCCCAGCGCCAGCAGCCACGCCCAUGCUGCGUCGCCCGUCUACAGUAACAGCACCAGUACCAGCAACAGCAACAACAACAAGUCGAGUGCGAGCGGCAAAAAGACCUCCUCCAAAAACGAUUUGCUACGCUGCGCCGUGGGCCUUGUGCUAAAGCAGAAAAACUACGUGAGCAACGAACGAUUUCGGCGCUCGGAGCUUCUGUUGCUGCAAAACAAGCAGCAGUUUGCCGUAAACAAAAUGCUGGACACGGACUUGCACGGCGGCAAUAGCUUCACCUUCUCAAAUGUCCAGGUUAUCACCAACAAUCAGCACACCGUGGACCAGCAGUUUUCGCGGUUUUCGCAGUUUGUGGAGGCCCAGGCCGAGCCGCUGCGUCUGGAGAUGAAGCGCUUUUAUGGACCCAUGCUGUGCCACUUGUAUCUGGAUCUGCUCAAGGCUCGCGAACCGCGUGGCGCUGUGGAGUUGUUGCGUAAAUAUGCCCACUUGGUGGCACCCGUGGAUGUGUACGAUGCACCACCACCCACCAAGAUAAACGGCUGCUCCACUACGGCCAAUGAGUCCACAUUCAACAUACGCUUCGCUAAGGAAGCCCAGGACACCGGGGACACGGAACUGGACUACUUCAUGCGGCUGGUGCAGAUCCUGAGUGGCUACACACGGCUGGAGGCGGCAGAAUCGGACGACACAGUGGCCCAUUUUCGAUCUUCGAAGUACGAACUACAUACCACAGCUGUAGUUGUGGAUAGGAUAUGCGCUUAUCUCCAGCGGCGGGGCCACGUUUUAAUUAUGAACCUACUCUACACUUGGCUGCACGUCCAUAUAGUGGAGAACGAGCAGCGCGCCUUUAGUGAGGAUCACCUGCUUGGCUUGACGGACGAACUGGAAGGUGAGGAUGCAGAGGACGAUGUUGUUUCCAAACCAGCUGUAGCCCGCGGAGACAUAAAACCAAGCAAAUCAGUGAUUGAGAAGUCAAAUCGAAAACGGCCCGCUGAGGAGCCAAGCAUUAAGCUAGAAACAGACAUCAAACAGGAGAUAGAUCUGGAUGAAUCUGCGGAGCCUAGCAAGUUACAAUUGAACAUAGACGCCUGCAUGGACACCCUUAAAUCGGCCACUGAACAGAUACUCAUAUCGCAAGUGGAGUUGCCGCGAUUUCUCAGAAUCAGUGAACGUUCUCGGGGCCUCAACUCCGCCCACCUGGAUCCCAGUGAGUGCCACCUGUUAGCGGGCUUCGACAAUUCUGCCGUGCAGCUGUGGCAGCUUAACCAGAGCAAUUGCCGCGGCAAGAGCCUGUACAGACGCUAUCCGCAAAUGCAGUGUCCCUGGGAGCUGAACAACUGCGUGAAUCAGGAAGCGGAGACGGAGGAGGACAGCAGCGAUGAGGAUGCCAAGUGCUCUGAGGAGGAGAGAAGGAAACGCAACAGGGCGAAUAUGUGCAAAUAUGCUGAUAACUCCUACAACGAGUACGGCGGAUUGCAGCUGCGUGGUCACACAAGAGGAGUCACCGGUGUGCGCUUCUCCGCCCACUACCCACUCAUGUACAGUGUGUCCAAAGACGCCACCAUGCGCUGCUGGCACGCCCACAACCUGCACUGCGCCGCCAUAUACAGAAGUCACAACUACCCGAUUUGGUGCCUGGACGAGAGUCCAGUGGGCCAAUACGUGGUAACGGGCUCCAAGGAUUUGAGCGCGCGCCUCUGGUCGCUGGAGAAGGAACAUGCGCUCAUCAUUUAUGCUGGCCACACGCAGGAUGUUGAGUGCGUUGCGUUCCAUCCGAAUGGCAACUAUAUAGCCACUGGUUCGGCAGAUCACUCCGUCCGCCUAUGGUGCGCAACCAGCGGAAAACUGAUGCGUGUCUUCGCCGACUGCCGUCAGGCGGUGACCCAGCUGGCCUUUAGCCCAGAUGGAAAGAUGUUGGCCGCCGCCGGAGAGGAAACGAAGGUGCGGAUAUUCGACUUGGCCGCCGGAGCACAGCUGGCUGAGCUCAAGGAUCACUCGGCGAGCAUUAGUUCUCUCUCCUGGAGCACGCACAAUAGCCACCUGGCCACAGCCUGCAACGACGGUACCUUGCGAUUGUGGGACAUCAAGAAACUGUCGCCCAUGAGCGACAACAGUAGUGCUGGAAGCUCGUCAUCGGCUACAACGAAUCGUGUGCUUACUCUCAAUAGUUCCUGCCAGCGCUUGGUCGAUGUUUUCUACGGGACGAGCAAGACGCUUUACUGCAUUGGCACCUGAAGAAAUCGGGUAGAGAUGCAGACCGAACUUUGACUUUCUAAUGACUUAUGUUUGAAAAUAAUUUAUUUGUAAUAAGUCUGUAUAAUAUUAUUGUUACUACCGUGUGAAACAACUCUUUAUAUGAAUAAUUCUCUCGAUACAACAAUCCGUGAUGUCGUUAAACAAGAUUGAUCCU